AUGUCAAGAGUGAUAGUCAAGGGCUUGCCCAAAUACUUUACAGAGGAUAACUUGCGAAAGCAUUUCAGUCAGCAGGGAGACAUCACCGAUGUGAAGCUUGUCAAAGGCAAGAACGGAGAAUCAAGAAGAUUUGCAUUUAUCGGGUACAAAUCAGAAGAGUCAGCCAAAAAUGCAGUCAGGCAUUUUAACAAGUCGUUUAUAGACACAGCAAGGAUAGACGUGGAGAUUGCCAAGUCCUUUUCCGACCCAAAUGUUCCAUUGUCGUUUAGGGAGAAGAGAAAGUUGGAAAAUGCCAAGUUGAGAAGACAAGAAGAGGCGUUGCUUGAGCAGGAGGAGAGAGCCAAAGUCAAGAGAACGAAAAAAUCGACCAUCGAUGAGGAGAUUGAGAAUGACCCAAAGCUUAGAGAGUAUAUGGAGGUUAUGAAGCCGUCGCACCAGGUCAAGUCGUGGGCAAACGACACGGUAGCAGAUGGCACUGGCGGACCAUCUGCGAAGGAUCUUGAAAACGCGUUGCAGGGAGAGGUGAAAAAACCUGUUGAAGGAUAUCAAGUCGCGACUGCGCAAGAGAAUGAGAGUGAUGAGGAGUACGAAGAUUUUGACAAGGUGCGAGACGAAAAGAGAAAAGAUGAGGGAGAUGAAGAGGAGGACGAGGAAGAGGAGGAGAUGAUGCCCUUGACAGGCGCUCCUGACAAUCUAGCCAAGGAUGAUAGUGUGUCGGAUAUGGAUUGGUUGAGAUCUAAAAGCGUGAGGAUAAGGGAAAACGGAGAGAAACCAGAGUCAACGGCAGCCACUGCCGAAGUUGAAGAACGUGAUAAUAAAGAUCAAGAAGAAAAAGAAGAGAAAGAAAGUGAAACAGUGGAGGUUGAACUGCCGGCUCCUUUCAUGAGCGAGGAGGAGAAAACUAUGGCAAAGAUUCGCGAUACAGGAAGGUUAUUCGUAAGAAAUAUCCUGUACGAUGCCACAGAAUCUGACUUUCGCAGUUUGUUCCUGCCGUAUGGUCAACUUGAAGAAGUUCACGUGGCCAUAGACACCAGAACCGGUAAAUCCAAGGGUUUUGCUUACAUUCAAUUUGCUGAUACGGCGAUGGCUGCAGAAGCAUACAGAAGCCUCGACAAGGAAAUCUUCCAAGGCCGGCUUCUUCAUAUUCUCGCGGCCGAUGGAAAAAAGAGCCAUAGACUAGACGAGUUUGACCUCAAAAAUCUUCCUUUGAAAAAGCAGCGCGAGUUGAAAAAGAAGGAGCAAGCAUCAAAGUCAUCUUUCAGUUGGAACUCGCUUUAUAUGAACACCGACGCCGUUAUGGAGUCCAUGGCUGCUAAAUUGGGUGUCUCCAAGUCGCAAUUGAUUAAUCCUGAAAACUCCAGCUCGGCAGUAAAGCAAGCCUUGGCUGAAGCACACGUCAUUGGAGAUGUGCGCAAGUUUUUCGAAGAAAAAGGGGUUGACUUGACUAGUUUCCAAAAAAGGGAAAGAGAUGACAAGAUCAUCUUGGUGAAGAAUUUCGCCUUUGGCACCACGGUUGAGGAAUUGGGUGACCUUUUUGCGCAAUAUGGGCCGAUAAGCAGGAUGGUCAUGCCACCAGCAGGAACUAUUGCGAUUGUCGAGUUCAAAGAUGCACCAAGUGCGCGAGCGGCAUUCACGAAAUUAGCCUACAAGAGGUUCAAAACGAGCAUCUUGUACUUGGAAAAAGGUCCCAAGGACUUGUUCACCAGAGAACCCACAUCGCUGGAGACAGUUGUCGAACUUCCAGCAGCGGGUGCGGCUGCUGUUGUUGAAACAAUUACAGCUAAUGAUGUCUUGGGUGGUGAUGCCGAGGACGAGGAGCAACAAGAACAAAAUAAAGUGCAAGGCUCUACUGUUUCCAUUUUUGUCAAGAACCUCAAUUUUGCCACCACUGUACAGCAAUUGUCUGACUUGUUCAAGCCUAUAUCUGGGUUUGUUCUGGCGACCGUCAAGACUAAAGCAGACCCAAAAAACCCCGGCAAAACCUUAAGCAUGGGAUUUGGUUUUGCUGAGUUCAAGAGCCUAGAACAGGCUAAUGCGGCCAUUUCAGCCUUGGACGGCCAUGUGCUUGAUGGACAUAAGCUACAGUUGAAAGUCUCCCACAAGCAAAGUGGCAAGCCUGCUGCUGCUGCUCUGCAAGCUGGUGGCAAAUCCAGCAAGAUCAUCAUCAAGAAUUUACCAUUCGAAGCUACGAGGAAGGAUCUUUUGGAAUUGUUUGGUGCUUUUGGUCAUUUAAAGUCGGUGAGAGUGCCCAAGAAAUUCGAUCAAAGCGCCCGUGGUUUUGCCUUUGUAGAGUUUAACUUGUUGAAAGAGGCCGAAAACGCCAUGGCUCAAUUGGAAGGUGUGCACUUGCUUGGACGUAGGCUCGUUAUGCAAUAUGCGGAGAAGGAAGCUGAUGACGCAGAAGCUGAAAUUGAGCGUAUGACCCAGAAAGUCAAGAGACAAGUUGGUACACAGGCUAUGGCGGCAGCCAGAUUAACUGGGAAAUCAAAGAUUGAAUUGGAAGAAAAAGAAGACGAGUUUGAUGUGUGA